ACGCUGCGCGAGUUGGUGAUGGGCAGGCGCGUGCCGGAGUCCUGGGGUUUGCAGCAGCUGUAGCUGCCUGCCGCUGUUUCUGCUGCUGAGUCCGGUUUAUUGUAAACUCCGGCCGGAUGGGCUUGUCUUAUGGAUGUGGGCUCCUACUUCAUUCUAGCCCAGUGUCUUAUUGCUGACCGAAGAGCAUGUGCCAUGGGGAACUGCUGGACUCAGUGCUGUCGGUUGUUCAGGAAGGAGGCCAACAGGAUCCAGAGAGGUGGAGGAUCAAAGUAUUUUAGAACAAGUUCUAUUGGAGAACACUUCACUAUAGAGUUUGAGAAUUUGGUGGAGAGUGAUGAGGCUGAAAGCCCAGGAUUCAACCAGAGGCCAAUUAAUGAAGAUGAAGUCCAAAUCCUUCAAAAUAGACAGUAUGAUGCUAUUUCUCAGAAGCAAGUGGUGGUGGACAAACAGCUCCAGACUGAGUUAGCUGCACAAGAGGAGCAGUUAAGGAUAGAAGAAGAAGCAUUUUAUGCUGCACAGCGUGAAGCAGCCAGGGCAGCAAAGCAGAAAAAGCUUUUGGAGCAACAAAGGCUGCAAAAGGUGAAACAGAGGGCCAAGUCUGCAUCAAGCUCUGAUCAGCAAAAAAGUGAGACAGUUGAAGAAGACUUUGAAUCAUAUUUACAACAUGCAAAAUCUCAAUCUGAAGCUUUUAGGAACCAACACAGAAUCUCUUCAGAGGCGACUAUUCUGACACCAAACACUGAAAGUAGCUGUGACUUGACAACAAAAACCAAAUCAACAAAUGACGAUAGCACUUCACUGGACCUCGAGUGGGAAGAUGAGGAAGGGAUUAAUAGAAUGAUUCCAAUGAGAGAGCGCUCUAGAACUGAAGAAGACAUUCUUCAAGCAGCCUUAAGGCACAGCAGCCAUAGACCUGGGAGCAACCCACUGUCUGCAUCAGAUGAGUCAACUGGACUGGAAUGGGAAAAUGAUUUUGUCAGUGCAGAAUUGGAUGAUAAUGGGAAUUCUGAAUAUGCAGGUUUUGUGAACCCAGUCCUAGAACACUCUCCUAAUGAUAUGAAAAAUACAGGUGGUGAUAAGCAGAGUAGGUAGUGAGCUUUACUAGAUUGUAAUUUGGUUGAAACCAAACUUUUAAGGCAUUGUAAGAAUGUAUUUCAAUUCUGGUUGGACUUUUUACCUUUUUGAUUGGUGGUCUAAGUCCACAUAGACGGCAAAAGGACAUGACUGCUUUGUAUUUUGUUAGCGCAUACAAUUUACAAUUAAGUGCAAUUCUUGUAAAAUUUCAGCUUAUGAAUGAAUUUUUAAGCCAUUACAUUGGGUGUUGAUUAAAAAGGUUGUGUUGUAAAGGGAAAAUGUGAUGUGAAGUAUAAUUGAUGAAACUUUCUAGCUAUGAGAUGCAUGUUUGUAUGUAUUCAUUUUUAUGAGUCACUGCUGUUCUGGUUGUAUAAAGAGUAACAAAUAAUGGAUACACUGGAUUAUUAAACUGGUUUAUUGAUCAGUUUUGAUAAAUACUGUUAUAUUAAUAUGUAAAUAUCAUGAAGCCUUACGAGAUUGACUUAUUUUCUUUGCAUAACAAAUGAACCUUUGUUUAAGUUAUAUAUCCAUUGGUUUUGUUGAGUUAUUCUUGAUUGUGUGUUAGCUCAUAUUUUUCCAUCAAUAUAAGUCUGUUACAUGCUUUGUUCCAAACAAGAGUAUUUCAAAAUUGCAGGUCAAGAUGUUUUGGUUCCGUAAUGUCAACUCCUAUAUUUCUUUUGUUUCUGCUACUUCUUCCUCAUUCUGGGAGGUGGGAGAGCCAGAAUUGCUUGUGUUUUAUAAUCUCAAGAGUCCUAUUGGACCUUAACUGAAAUAAUGUUUUCUUUUUUGAGGUCCCCCUUGCAGCCUGACCAAAUACUGCAGAGCUCAGAAAUAGCAUGUUCAACUUCAGAUGUAUAAAGAUUUGAUUCCCAUUUGAGUCUUCUGAUAUGAAGGCUGUAAAUUUUACUACUGAGAUCAAUUAAAGAGAGGUUACACAUUGUUCCUGUUGCCAUCUAAUACGGUUUCAGGCAUAUUUGAGAAUGUAAAAAUAAAAGACUGUCUUUUUAUUUUGCUGAUGUAGGCCCCAGUGUGAAAGUCGUUUGAACAAUUUUAGAACAUAAAAACAGGAGGUUGUGAUUUGACAGUUCAAACAUGCUCAGUCCAACACUAGUCUGAGACCUCUUAUUUCAUGAGCUUCUGACAAUCUAUUGAAUAUGUUCACUGAACAUCCAGAAUUCUCUGGUGUGGGGAAUUCCAGAAAUGCACAAUACUUUGAUGAGAAAAUCUCUCAUCACUGCAGUCCUUAAUGGCCAACGCUUUAUUCCGAAACUGUGAACCAUAGUUCUGAACUCCCAGUUCAGAGAAAUGUCCUCAGAACAUCCAUCCUGUCACACUUUGAGAGUUUUGAAUGUUGAAAUCAUCUCAUUCUUUUAAAUUUCAGGAAAUGUCGUUCCAAUCAUUAUCAUCAUAAGACAAUCCCUUCGUCCCAGAAAUUAAUUGUCUGGGACAAUUCAUAGCUGCCCGUAAUUUGUUGCUAAAUGAGCAUUUUAAUUUGGAAGCCAAAAUAAAUAACCUCAAAAGCAUGCUAGUGCAACAGAAGAACAGUUUUGAUUUAAGUGAGACAUGUUAUUGUGGAACGUUUUUGAUUUGUUUUUAGACAGGCUGGUGGGUAUUUCAUUUUAUAAAUUGUCUGGUAUUGGAUUUUGAGAGCUGUUUGAAAGAACUACAUGCUUUUUCUGAUUUAAUAUCUCUCAUCUGGCAUUCAUUCUAUAAACUUGAUGCCGACCAAGCUGGUGGAUAAGCACACAGUAGAUGUGCAAUAAAUAAUGUAAUUUUCUAAA